AUAAGAGAUUAUAUUAAAUUCUGAAAUUUUGAAGAGACUAUAAAUACGAAGUCUAUUGGUUUUGUUAAAGUAUUAGAGGUCUAUUGAAUAUCACCAUAAUAAUUAAGAAUGGCAUCAAAGAUCACAUUCUUCUUUCUCCUUGCUCUCGUUAUCUCUUGUGCAACGAUGGUGAGCAUUCCGACAGUGGAAGCUCAGGUUUUUCUUCCUUGCAAAACAGCUAAAGAUUGUGAAUACCUUCAUUGCUCGAGUGGGACAGGUCAGUGCGUAAAGAGUCAGUGUCAAUGUAGCGGCUCGCUGACUCGUAAAGCUAAAAUCGACAGCUUUAAAACGACGAGUUAUGCUCAGACGUGCAAGGUGACGAGUGAUUGUGACCCUAGUAUGAAACCUUCAUGUGUUUCGGGAUCUUAUAUGUGUUUCAAUGGCUUCUGUACGUGUACUCAUUAAUGCCUAUUUUCAUAUACACUAGAGUUUGACCCGCAUAAAUAUAUAAUUUUGAUAUUAUCAAAAACA